AUGUUCGUUCUCGGUUCUAUGGCUCCGUUCACUCUCAUCAAUGCUCUCCCUCCGUUCAUAUCUCCAGACGAACAUCGGGCUAUAAUCGCCUCCACCCCCUCAUCUUUCAGCGACAUUCCUCCUGUCUUACGCCAUAGAGAAGAAAAUGUGUCGGUAACGAUUGACCCUCCCUUCGAGGGAUUCACUGCACAAGAUGCCGCAAAUGGAACUCUGUAUGUUAUCGAGAGUGUCCUUGUAUUCAUGUCUGCUGCGGGUCGCGGGUUCCAGGUCGAGUAUCCGUCAAUCACCUUGCAUGCCAUCUCGCGCGCGGAAUCUGGUCCAUCAAUAUAUUGCCAGCUCGACGAAAUUCUCAAAACCGUCGAUGGCGCCGAUCCAGAUGGAGAAUGCGAAGAUGACAUGAAAGAGCUCAUCAUUGUCCCGAGAAAUAGCCAAUCCCUUGAAUCUAUCUUUGAGAGCCUUUCCAUAUGCGCUUCGUUACAUCCAGAUCCGGCAUCUAUGUCGGAUGAUGUGGAAGAUGACGCGUUUAUUGACGCUGAUGAUUUAGAGACGUUCACCGGUGAUGAAAACGAAGAGCUCAGUGAGGUUGGGAGGGCGGCUCUUGCCCACCUCGAAUCCAUCAUCUAUGAUCCAUUCGAUCAAUCGACUGGGAACAGCAAUGCUGAUGGCGGGUAG